AUGGCGCGCCGCUCCCGAGCCCCUUCAUCGCCGCGAUCUGACGCCGCAUCCGCCUCCGGCUCGCCCGCCUCCGUGUGCGCCUCCCUGUCGCCGCCAGGCUCGAGCUCGAGCGCGUCGUCGUCGGCGUUGUCGUCAUGCCCUUCGCGGUCGCCAUCGCCUCAAACAUCGCCCCAGCUCAAGGUCGACAACGAGCAGGAGGCGUGGUCAGCCCUGCAGAAGGCCGAGACGGGCGACGUUCUCCGCUCCGUCCUUACUGUUCGUCGCACAUGGAAAACGGCGGACGGCGGCGAGACGGUCUGGCCGGUCGAGCUCGAAGCUGCCUUACUCGAAGGUCUGGAGCGAUAUGUACCCGAGGACACCCGCGAGACGCGGCUACUCGGGCGCUUUCCGCGCCGCAAUCGGUUCAUAUCGCAGUACAUCCUGGCCAAGACGGGCAAGCACCGGACGCCCAAGCAAGUCGGCAGCCGGCUGCAGCAGCUCCGGGAGUCCCGGGCCGGAGGCGGGGAGAAAUUGCUUCAUCUUCUUUCCCCGUUCAAGACUGCCCAAGACGCCCCAUCUUCCUCGACUCCCAGCCUGUCGGGCUCACCUACCCCCAGCGCGCUGUCCUUCUUCGAGCCGCCGUCCAGUUCUGUGCCCCAUACGACGAUAUUUAUCGACGUCCUUCCCGCUCCCCAUUACGACAUCCUAUCGCAUUCUCCCUCCUACGCACUCCCCGAGCCCACCGAAAACUCCUUCCAAGCCUCGCUCCAUCCCCGCCCCAUCGCCAGCAUAGACUCCCUCAGCGCCUUCACCUCCGCCGCGCCGCUCUCCGCGCACUCCCGCUUCACGGUCCUCUCCGAGUCCGCCGGCCUCGCGCUCCACGCUGAGACCGUCCCGCUCGAGCUCAUCUCCGACACAACUUCGGACGUGCUGUUCGCGCCAGUGUACCGCUACGGCGCGCGGAUCGUGCCGCGCUACUGGAACGUGAUCGUGCAGAGCCCCGACCCGACGCGCUUCACGAUCUUCCAGGAGAUCGUCAAGGACGACAGCGCCGCGUCCGUGCUGUUCACCGCGACGUAUCGCUUCCGGUAUCCGGCCGUCGGCCUGCCCCAAUCGCCCGCGCUGUCCCUCCUUGACCUGGACAUGUCGAUGCCUCUGGACACCCACUUCGGCAGCGGGCUCGACUUGCCGCUGCCCUGGUCGCUGCUCUAG